AUGUUAACUAGUAAAGUGUGUAGAGAGCUUGAAAGUAUGUGGAAGUUUUUUUCCGAUGAAUUAAAUAAUUCUGGAGAAUAUGCUUUUUCUCGUGGAAUUCUUGGGAAAUACUGCCCUAAUGAAAAUUGCAAUAACUAUAUCGAUAAAAUUAAUGCUGGCAGUUUAUGGUUAUUUUAUGAAUUUUUUGGUAAACCUGGUAGCACAGUUGAUUCUAAUACUUAUAAGGAUGACGUUUUAUGUAUUAUGAUAUGGUUAAGUUAUAAAUUAAGCCUAAAAUUACCUGAUGACAUCACCACAUUAAACAGUUUUUAUUCUCAGCAUAUACAACAUAACGAGAAGUACACUAAAAGUAAAGUUAAUGAUGGAACAUAUGGAAGUUAUAAGGAAAUUAUAGAUGUCAUAAAGGAAUAUAUGGAUAUUAAUAUUACUCAUAUGUCUAAAUUUUAUGAAUUACUUAAAUUAUUAUGUAAGAUGAAUACUUCUUAUACGAAUGGUAAAAGUAACGAUUUUUCAGAAGAUGCUAAUAAAUUUGUUUAUGAAUAUGAAAAACUCCUUAAUGAUAAUGAUAAUAAUAUUGACGACAGUUCAUACAAUAAAGUAUUACUUCAUUUAUCCAAUUAUUAUAAUAAUUUUGAAAAAUACAGAGUUCCUUAUAAUAAACAAAUGAAACGUCCUCCAUUACCAACAGAAAAAAAAGCCGAAAAGAAUGAUGUAGUAGAUUCUAGUGAAACUAAAAUAGAUGGUUCUUCAAGUGAAACUAAAAUAGAUAAUUCCUCAAGUGAAACAUAUCAAUCAAUUAAUGUAACGGAAACCAUGAGUUAUAACACUACAUUAGCAGGUUCAUCACUAGUAAACAAAAUAAUUCCAGUUUUAUCGAUAUUUGCUGCAAUACUAUUUUUUGGGGGAAUUUCUUAUAAGUAUUCGUUAUUUGGAUUUCGGAAACGAUCUCAAAAACAACAUUUAAGAGAAAAGAUAAAAAAAUAA